AUGGCAAAACAUGAGCAAUUACAAAUCGAUCCCGAUGGUCUUUUUGAUAUAAUCGAGAGGCCGGAGCAGUUUAUAACAAUCGAUAAACAAAUUGCUCCCAAUACCAAAGGCAAUACGGCGGGAAAAUCCCCAGCCCAUGUCCAACAUUUGCUGGAAUUAGCCGCCGCCGAAGCUGAUCGUGAAUCUAUGAUGUCAUCGAAAAAAGGACGCAAGAAGCCCCAUAAUAAUUUGCCUUCGUUUCUGUAUAAUGGCGAUGCCAGUAAAAUACAAUCGAAUGGCAAAAAUAUUGAACACGACAUUCACAAUAAUUUCUUUUAUGAGCGCAACAUCAUCACCCAGCCGAGUAUACCGGCAGAGAAACUUAUUGCCGAGAAGAAAGACAAGGGUGAUGAUUCGCAUGGCAUACCCAAGGAGAAACUAAGACAAAUGACCUUAAAAAGGCGCCUUUUCAAACAGCUCAAGGGAAAGAAAGUAAAAGUGGCUGGUGGUCGUUCUAAGAAUCAUAAAAAACGUCACCAACAAAAACAACAACAACACCAUCAUCAGCAUGAUCAAAGUCACAAAAAAGAGGAUGCCCCGAAACGGAAAAAGGAAAUGAACAGUCCUAAAUUGCCUAGGCCGCAACAACAUUUAUUAACACAACAGCAGCAAAAUCAAAAUGAUGUGCAUCGCAAUCGCCGAGCUGUGACAGCGAAAAAGGAAAGGAUCUGGGAUUAUGGUGUUAUACCCUAUGAAAUUGAUCACAUCUUCAGUGGCGCCCACAAGGCUUUGUUUAAACAGGCCAUGCGUCAUUGGGAGAAUUUUACGUGUAUUAAAUUUGUGGAAAGAGAUCCCAAGGUGCAUCCGAACUACAUCUAUUUCACCAUUAAAAAUUGCGGAUGUUGUUCCUUUGUUGGCAAACGUGGCAAUGGACGUCAGGCCAUCUCAAUUGGCCGUAAUUGUGAAAAAUUCGGCAUUGUCGUUCAUGAAUUGGGUCACGUUGUGGGUUUUUGGCAUGAACACACCCGAGUAGAUCGUGACAACCACAUUAUCAUCAAUAAGGCGAAUAUUAUGAAGGGUCAGGAAUAUAAUUUUGAUGUACUCUCCCCCGAAGAUGUUGAUUCGCUUGGUCUACCCUAUGAUUACAAUUCCAUAAUGCACUAUGCCCGUAAUACAUUUUCGAAAAAUGUCUAUCUCGAUACAAUACAACCGAUUGGUGUAAGAGAAAAUGAAAAAAUCGAAAUUGGUCAACGUGUGCGACUGAGUCGUGGUGAUAUUGCCCAAGCAAAUUUGCUAUAUAAAUGUGCAACAUGUGGUCGCACUUUUCAACAGAAUGCUGGACAAAUUAUUGCUCCGCAUUUUAAUUAUAGAUCCAAAACGAAAGAUCGUGAAAAUGUGCUGGAUGUUGAGGGUAGUGGUAAUGGUGUGUUGGAUGAGGAUGAUGAUGAUACAGCUACGGAUUUUGAUAGAUCUUUGGAGUCGUGUGAAUGGAGAAUAACGGCAACGAAUGGUGAAAGGAUUAUCUUGCAGCUGCAUCAAGUGAAUUUAUUAUCAUCACCUGAUUGUUCCAAGGAUUAUAUCGAAAUACGUGAUGGUUAUUGGCAUAAAUCACCGGUUAUACAACGCCUGUGUGGGAAUCAUACAUCUGUGACGAUAAAAAGUGAUUCCAGUCGCAUGCUUAUUAGUUACGUUAAUCGUCAUGGUGGCAGUAAAGGUUAUCGCGGAUUCAUUGCCGAUUUUGAAGUUGUCUGUGGUGGCGAUAUUUAUUUAACCGAUGAUCGACGCAUCGAUUCACCCAACUAUCCCUUGGAAUAUUUUCCCGACAAGGAAUGUGUUUGGCGUAUAACCGUGCCGGAAAAUCAUCAGGUGGCCCUCAAGUUUCAAUCUUUCGAAUUGGAAAAUCAUGAUAAUUGUAUGUAUGAUUAUGUUGAAAUACGAGAUGGCAAUAGUACGGAUUCGGAAUUAAUUGGCAUCUUUUGUGGUUAUAAAUUGCCACCGAAUAUAAAGACCAACAGCAAUCAAAUGUACGUAAAAUUCGUAUCGGAUGGUUCGGUGCAAAAGGUGGGCUUUUCAGCCGUGUUCAUGCAGGAAGUUGAUGAAUGUCAAUUCGGCAAUCAUGGCUGUGAGCAUGAGUGUAUCAAUACACUGGGCAGUUAUCAGUGUGGUUGUUUUGCUGGCUAUGAGCUGCAGGCGGAUGGAAAGAGUUGUGAAGAUGCCUGUGGCGGUAUCAUUGAUGCCAGUGUGGGUAAUGGCACGGUGAAUUCACCCGGUUGGCCAGAUGUCUAUCCCAUCUCAAAGGAAUGUGUGUGGGAGAUUGUGGCUCCAGCAAAUCAUGCGGUAUUCUUGAAUUUUACCCAUUUCGAUUUAGAGGGUACCAAAAUGCAAUACACCGAAUGUAAUUACGAUUAUUUGGUUAUCUACUCCAAGCUGAGAGAUAAUCGUCUAAAGAAAAUUGGGGUAUAUUGUGGUCAUGAACUACCACCCACUGUCAAUUCGGAGCAAAAUAUUUUGCGUUUGGAAUUCUUUUCGGAUAAAUCGGUACAACAUUUGGGAUUUUCAGCGAAAUUUGAAAUUGAUACCGACGAGUGCAGCAUUAACAAUGGAGGCUGUCAACACUACUGCCGCAACACCUACGGUUCGUAUGUCUGCAGCUGCCGCAAUGGUUUUACGUUACAUGAAAAUCGCCACAACUGCACUGAGACCAGUUGUAAAUUUGAAAUAACCAAUCCAUAUGGUGUGAUCUCCAGCCCCCACUAUCCUGAGGAUUAUCCACGCAAUAUUUAUUGUUACUGGCAUUUCCACACGGUUUUGGGUCAUCGUGUUCAAUUGACAUUCCAUGAUUUUCAAUUGGAAAAUCAUCAAGAGUGUAUCUAUGACUAUGUCGGCAUACAUGAUGGUAAAUCGGAAAAUAGUUCCAUAUUGGGUAUAUAUUGUGGUGGCAAAGAACCCUAUGCCGUAGUGGCCUCGUCCAAUGAUAUGUUUAUGGUGCUGAAGACAGAUGCGGGGUUGCAGCGGAAAGGCUUUAUGGCCACAUAUUCAACGGAAUGUGGUGGCUACUUAAGGGCCACAAAUCGCUCUCAAAUCUUCUAUUCCCAUCCACGUUUCGGCCAGCGUAAUUACAAACGCAACAUGUAUUGUAAUUGGCGUAUACAGGCCGAUCCGGACAGCAGUGUCAAAAUCAAGUUCCUACAUUUUGAAAUUGAGUACUCCGAUAGAUGUGAUUAUGAUUCUGUGGAAAUAUCCGAGGAACAGAGUUUCCAAAGAAAUACCUUUCAUGGCAGAUACUGUGGCAAUAGGAAACCCCCCGUCAUUGUGUCCUAUUCCGAUACAAUAUUAAUACGUUUCCAAACCGAUGAAUCGACUUCCCUGCGUGGUUUUGCACUCUCCUUUGUGGCCGUUGAGCCACCAGAGGAUGAUGUGGCCGAUGAUUAUAUGUCUGUAACACCAUUCCCCGGUUAUAUGAAAUCGGUGUACUAUGGUGGUUCGGACACAAAUUCCGGUGAUGAAUACGAUCAAGACGAUUAUCGGGGUAUACGUAACUACACACCCUAUCGCACACCGGGUCAACGUUUACGCCUCAAUUGAAGUGAUUUCCUAGCGAUUUU